UGGCCGCCCUCGGACUGUCCCCACUCGGAGAUUAACUGGUUUUCGGACGAGACCUGGAGGACAGAUGGCUUCUCAGGAGACUAUAAACGAGCUGGGGUGCAGUUCGUCAGAGGAGGACAGUAACCGUGCGGAUUUGGCAGAGAGGACGGCGGAGGAGAAGACAUCUCCGGUGGUGCGUCGGCAUCAUCCGUUCAGCGUGGAGGCGCUCAUGUCCGGGAGGAAAACAGACGUUGAGUCCAUCCGCUGUAAACCGGAGGGAGGCUCGGUGGCGGUGACUGCUACAGGUUUAAACUCCCUGUAUCUGUACCGAGGGACGUGUAGUCCUCCGGCGGGGAGCCGAAACACUUUAACAGCCGUGCCUUCGUCGCCGGUAAAAUCCGAAGCAUCAGAGUCGGAGGACUGCGCACCGUGCGCACCCUGGGUCACCAGCAGCGCCUUCCCCACACAGCAGCGUCACGUCGGUCCAGGCUGUCCGUUGAGGAAACACAAGACCAACCGAAAGCCCCGCACUCCCUUCACCACGUCCCAGCUCCUGGCCCUGGAGAGGAAGUUCAGGCAGAAGCAGUACCUGUCCAUCGCCGAGCGGGCCGAGUUCUCCUCCUCCCUGACCCUGACAGAGACCCAGGUGAAGAUCUGGUUCCAGAAUCGCCGGGCAAAAGCCAAGAGGCUCCAGGAGGCCGAGCUGGAGAAACUCAAGAUGGCUGCGGACGCCAAGACGGCGGCGGUGGCGGCCGCUGCUGCUGGAGGUUUACACCCUGGGUUUACGUUACCGCUAUCGCUGGGCGCCAUGUCACUGUACGGACAGUCUUAUUCUGCCUACCACCACCACCACCACAGACCCUUACUGCCCAUUUCUCCUUUAGGACUGUACGCUGCUCCUUUGGGGUACAGCAUGUACCACUUAUCAUAAACAUGGAAAUAUCACUGACUUUAAUAGAGUCUAUUCCCAAGGAUUCCCAAAAAUGGACACAGAGGACGUGUGGCUGACAUUUUAAAAAUCAAUGUUUAUAAUAUAUCUACUGCACGAGGAGUGUUUGAAUCAACUUCCUGAGCACUUCGAGUCAAAUAAGAAUCUAUUUUUUCCCAAAGCAAGGAUAAAAAAAAGUCUUGAAAUGUCUUCUUGCCCUCUUGGACUGCCUGUUUACAUGACUUGUCCAUAUGAGGAGGGGCGUUAUUUUACUUGUUUACUUUUGCAAUAAUUGAGCUGGGCGAGGACUCGCACUGGGCACAAUAAUACAAAGUACAACUUUUCACUUCAGCCUUCUUCUCCAUUCGAUCCAGUGCCUUGUGUUGAAAAGGGCCUUAAUAUCAAGACACUUUGUACAUUUGUGUGGAUGAUGAGUGUUUCAGCAACUCAGGCCAAAAAAAACAAAAAACAUAUCACAGAAGCAUUCUAUUAAUUCAACAAAAGUGUCCGCCUUGAAACACUGCUCUCCUUUGCUAUCUCGAAACCGACAAAUUCAGGGUUUUGUGAUCACAAUGGAAACCAUACACUUUACCAUAUACUUUUUUCGCCUUUUCUCUCAUUGCAAUAAAAAAAAAAGCUCAUUUCCUUACUAUGCAUUUAUAGAGCAUAGAAAUGUUCUCUCUGAAACAUAAUUAUGCUGGAGAUUUAUGAAUGCCUCAUGUUGUGUAUUUAUGUGAGAAUAUGGUACAAAAGUUCUGACCAAACUGUAUUUAUAUUUUUCUUCCUGAGCGUCCCUUUGAAAGGGCCUUCAUUGUUCUAUGCAGUUUCUAUAUGCAUUUUUUUCCAACAAUGUUUUUAUCAUUCAAAUGAACAAAACAAUUGAAGCCUUUGAGACUGUUUCUUUUAAACAAAUGACAUCUAAUUUUAUGUGUAAAAACAAAUAAAGUAGCAAUAUGUAAA